AUGGCGCCAGCCAGCGACGUCAAAGUCAAAGAAAUCAAUGCCCUCGUCUCUGUCGCCGAAAAGCUCUAUGCCGCGCUCGAGAAUGUUGAGAAGAGCCUCUCUGGACAGAUCGAGAAGACGGUCGCAAACCCCCCUCUCCUCAAAGCUUCACUCUCUCCUUGUCCAGGCGACCUGCCUUCUCCACCUUCCCCGCUCUUGAACGACCUGCCGCCCAAAGCCAGAAAAAAAGCGGGUCGCGCAGCCUACAAAACUAAACUCGUGGAGUCCCGCAACGUGCAGGACGCUACGCCAUCGCCAUUGGAUCCGAUGGAGGCCGAACCCUUGGCGGCAGACACGUCUCGCCCUCCACUCCAGGCCAUAGCGACCAUGGUUCCCUCCGAGGAAUGGCGACAACGCCUUCGAGCGGCUUUUAGGAUGGCGACAGCUAGGUUCCCGCUGAACGAAGUCAUCGCAGAAACCCAACGACUCAUCACGAACAGGAACUGCGAUGCCAGAGGUUUUAUCGACUUCCUAAGCUCCGGCAGACUCCCAUCCCUGGAGCAAGGCUGCCCUAUGUUUGCUCAGCUGCCCUGGGAUUCCCCUGAGGGCAUCGCGACCCUCAACGAAUGGCAACAUAUUCGUAGAGAGACCCCCGCUCGCCGCCCGGUCAGGACAAGAGGCCACGCCCAGCCUUCAACAGACGGUACUAUACAACCGCUCCGGGCAGCUACGGCCCCUUUGUCCUCCUCUUCCCCUCCCCUCCAAAAUCCUUCUUUACAAGGCCCUGAUCGACCAUCGACCGAUAUCGGCGACACUAUCUUCGUGAGAUACUAA